UGUCACCGCGCUCUGCCACCCUGGAGUUAAUACUGUCUCCUCCGCCCUUCUCGCACACGCACUGCCGGCAGGCGACGGCCACGACCGAGACACAGCUCCACGGCUCGCUCGAGGGCCUCGGCUGCAAGGCCCGGCGCAGCACGGCCCGGCGCGCCGCUCCCCGACCCCCCGCUCCGCGGCUCUCGGCUGCUCCGCAGCGCCCCCCGCGGCGGUCCUGGCCCCGGCGACGGUUGCGCAGGCGCCCCCGGGCCGAGAGUUUGGGACGCGCCGGAAAGUUGGGUCUGGGUGUGCCGCCUGCUGUCGCUGCCACCAUGUCGGGCUCCUCCAACGUGGCUGCCAUGAAGAAGGUGGUGCAGCAGCUGCGCCUGGAGGCUAGCGUGACUCGCGUCAAGGUUUCUCAGGCUGCUGUGGACCUGAAGCAGUUCUGCCUGCAGAACGCACAGCAUGAUCCCCUGCUGACAGGAGUAUCAUCAAGUACAAAUCCAUUCCGUCCCCAGAAAGUUUGUUCAUUUUUGUAAUUACAUGGACUACUUAGGUAUCCUUUAGUGAUCUUUUAGCAUCUUUUCCUAGCUGCUGCUGUCUUUAGGGGCAGAGCGCCUGAAGGAGUGGCCUGGUUUGAAGUCUGUACAAAAGCUUAGCUUUAAUGUGCCAAAUCUAACUAACUGUAAAAUUGCUACUGUUGUCAAACCUCUUACCAUCUACCUCUCCAAAAAAAACUGUAUGCUAGUUACAAUAAUUCUGUUCAUGAGGGAAUCAGUUUUAUAUACCAAGCAAAAAAUAAAAAUGUUUUGACUUA